AUGCUCGCGUGGUCCGGUGGUGGUACUAGAUGUGGGGAGUUUCCGGCGAGCACUGAGGUCAGAGAAGGCUGGCUCCGUUCGGUGGUGCUAUUGAAAAACACGAUGAAAAUGGCGUGGCAACCGCAGGAGGAAGGACUUAGACAAAUUCUCACCCUUCUACAGGAGUCACAGAGCCCAGACACAGCAACUCAACGUGCUGUACAACAAAAAUUGGAGGAGUUGAACAAGUUCCCGGAUUUUAAUAAUUACCUCAUCUUUGUGUUGACGAAACUCACGUCUGAAGAUGUGCCAACAAGAUCCCUGAGCGGCCUGAUCCUCAAGAACAACGUCCGGGCGCACUACCACAAGUUCGUCCCGGAGGUAACAACCUUUAUAAAACAAGAAUGUCUCCUAGCAGUGGGCGAUCCCUCCCCAAUGAUCCGAGCAACCGUCGGUAUUCUCAUAACAACAAUCGCCUCGAAAGGCGAGCUGACAACCUGGCCGGAGUUGCUCCCAGCGCUCUGUCAGAUGCUGGACUCCCAGGACUACAACGUCUGCGAGGGAGCCUUCGGAGCCCUUCAAAAAAUCUGCGAGGACUCCGCCGAGCUCCUGGACUCGGACGCCCUCAACCGUCCCCUGAACGUCCUCAUCCCAAAGUUCCUCCAGUUCUUCAGACACACUAGCCCGAAGAUUCGAUCUCACGCGAUAGCUUGCGUGAAUCAAUUCAUAAUCAGCAGAACCCAAGCACUGAUGAUCCACAUCGACAGUUUCCUCGAGAAUCUCUUCCAUUUAGCUAACGACGACGACUCAGAGGUACGUAAGAACGUCUGCAGGGCCCUUGUGAUGCUCCUGGAAGUCCGAAUUGACAGACUGAUUCCCCACAUGCACAAUAUCAUCGAGUACAUGCUCCUGAGGACUCAGGACUCCGAUGCAGGCGUCGCUUUGGAGGCCUGUGAGUUCUGGCUGUCCCUGGCUGAACAGGAGAUAUGCAACGAAGCACUGGCGCCUCACCUUCCUCGAUUAAUUCCAGUCCUCGUGGGGGGCAUGAAGUACUCAGAAAUCGACAUCAUCCUGCUGAAGGGAGACGUCGAGGAGGACGAGAUGAUUCCUGACAGGGAAGAAGACAUUCGACCCAGGUUUCACAAAUCGAAGACACAUCACGCCCUUCAUCCCUCCACCAAACAUUCUGAGGAGAAUGGAGGGUGUGACGAUGAUGCUGACGCUGAAGAUGGCGGAGAUGACGACUCCUCUUUGAGUGAUUGGAACCUGAGGAAGUGCUCGGCUGCUGCACUCGAUGUCCUCGCUGGUGUCUUCAGGGAGGAUCUACUUCCAGUGUUGGUGCCAAUCCUGAAGGAGACGUUGUUCCAUCAGGACUGGGAGAUCAAGGAGUCUGGGAUCUUGGCAUUGGGGGCUAUUGCUGAAGGCUGCAUGGACGGAAUGAUCCCUCAUCUGUCUGAACUGAUUCCUUAUCUCAUCGGAUGUCUGAGUGAUAAGAAGGCACUUGUGCGGGCCAUCACUUGUUGGACACUGAGCAGGUACUCCCACUGGGUAUGCGCCCAGCCUCAUGACACCUACCUCAAGCCAUUGAUGACUGAAUUGCUGAAACGAGUUUUGGAUGGGAACAAGAGGGUCCAGGAGGCUGCUUGCUCAGCUUUUGCGACUCUUGAGGAAGAAGCUUGCACUGAACUCGUUCCCUACCUUGGGUUCAUCUUGGAGACACUUGUCUUCGCUUUCGGCAAGUAUCAGCACAAGAAUCUUCUGAUUCUUUAUGAUGCUAUUGGCACUCUGGCGGAAUCUGUGGGACAUCAUCUCAAUAAACCUGAUUAUAUCAACAUCCUGAUGCCUCCGUUGAUCAACAAGUGGAAUGUCUUGAAGGACGAGGACAAGGAUCUUUUCCCUUUGCUUGAGUGCUUGUCGUCGGUUGCCACUGCUUUACAAUCUGGAUUUCUACCUUAUUGUGAACCUGUCUACAGGAGGUGUGUCUCGCUCGUUGAGCAGACACUCAAUCAGCAUAUAGCAAAUACACAGAGUCCUGACCAGUUUGAGGCGCCUGAUAAGGACUUUAUGAUUGUGGCACUUGAUCUUCUGAGUGGGUUGGCUGAAGGGCUGGAUGGACAUAUUGAGCGGUUGGUUAUGAAUAGUAAUGUCAUGCAGCUGCUGUACCAGUGCAUGCAGGAUCCCACUCCCGAGGUCAGGCAGAGCAGCUUCGCCUUGCUAGGGGAUCUCACCAAGGCUUGUUUCCAACACGUUCUUCCAUGUAUACCUGAUUUUAUGCCGAUCCUGGGACAGAAUCUGAAUCCAUCGUUCAUUUCUGUGUGUAACAAUGCCUCCUGGGCUAUAGGAGAAAUUUCUAUUAAAUUAGGACAAGACACAAGUUCAUAUAUCCCCCUGAUAAUAACUCAGCUCAUCGACAUAAUAAAUCGUCCCAACACACCAAAAACCCUCCUGGAGAAUACCGCGAUUACGAUCGGUCGCCUAGGUUAUGUGUGUCCCCAAGACGUCGCCCCCAUGUUACAGCAGUUUGUCCGACAGUGGUGCAUAUCGCUGAGAAAUAUUCGUGACAAUGAGGAGAAAGAUUCUGCAUUCAGAGGCAUGUGCCAGAUGAUUACUGUUAAUCCAGCUGGUGUUGUUCCUGAUUUUGUCUUCUUCUGUGAUGCUGUUGCUUCUUGGGUAACUCCACGCGAGGAUUUAAAGGAUAUGUUCCAAAAGAUUCUCCAUGGCUUCAAGAAUCAAGUAGGAGCUGAAAAUUGGAAAAGAUUCUCUGAUCAAUUUCCACCACAGCUGGGCGAACGACUUCAUAAUAUGUACGGAGUCUGAAGGACCCCGCCUGAUUUUAACGGCCACUUAAUGGGGAAGGCCGAUCGGGGAUGGGCGGGGAAUAUAGAAAACGGGUGGACAGGGUGGGUGGGUGAAACCACGGCCUCUUCUCAUCAAAAUCAUCGACGUAACGAGUUCGUCGUUGAAUGUCAAAAUACGUCAUGGCCACCGGUGAAUCCAGUGUCCAGCCCAAAAUGGGGUGGGGGGGAGGGAAGGGGAAAUUUGCGGAAUGCCGGCCACAACAGUGGCUACAGCAGGGAUCAGGGUGAGAUAAAAUAUUGAGACAGAAAAAAAACGAACGCAAAAAGUUUAAUUAAAAAAGGAUAAAAAUUAUUCAAUUUCUAAUAGGGGGAGUCAACAACAGCAACUAAUUAUCAAUAAAAUGGCCGAGA